AGUGUAUGCGCAGAGGAGCGAGCCUGUGAGGCAGUACUUUGGGAACAAAAACACCAGUGACUAGCUGAGCUGGUGCAUGAACUUCUGUGAAACGAAACUUAAGCGGGGCCGUCGAGACACGACAGUAAAAAAAACACCUUAAUUUGGUGAUUAUAACAAUGACCAUGUGGUAUAUUUUCACUUUCUUGCACUGAAUUGUGUUUUCAUGAAUCAACUGACUCUGCUGAUUGGUAGAGGAGCAGAAUGGACCCUGGCAGGCUCAAGCGUAAAGGGGAAAUCAACAAGGCCCUACAAUUUAUACAGUCCUCUCUGGCUUAUCCUGACCCUCAAGGCUAUCAGGAUUUUUUAACUGGCUUAGUCUGCAACCUCUUGGAGGAAGGGAAUGCACUGUUCAAAGACAGAGCAUGGGAAGAGGCUGUGAAGGAGUUCAGUGAAGGUCUCAAUGUUGCUCAGUAUGCCUCCUCAGAAGAUAUCUGCAUCCCAGAAGUACUACUGGAGAGCCUAUAUGUGAACCGUGCUGCUGCAUAUUAUAGUAUGGGUGAAUAUGGGCGAGGUGUAGAGGACUGUGAUAAAGCUCUCUUGGUGUGUAAAGAAAGCCGCCGUGCUCUGUUCAGAAAGGCCCUCUGCCUGAAAGAGCUGAAGAAGUACAAGGAGGCCUAUAGUUGCACCACUGACUGUCUGCUCAUCAGUCACAUGGACAAUCAAGUGAAUGAGCUUGCACAAGAGUUGGCCAUUCAGUUGGGACUCAAGAUACGUAAGCCCUUUGUCAGUGUAAAGAUGUGCACGAAUUAUACAGGAAAUGGUUCUUGUCCUCUGCCCACAAUUACUCAAGAAAACUUCUCUAGCCAAGACCCUACUCUGCUGACAGCUCAGGGCGCUUCUCAGAUGGCUGUCUCCUCUGUGCCAGAAAUGCUCGAUGACUCUGACGUGAUGGGAGAUGACUUGGACAGUUUACUAGACACCCUCCCUAAUGAGCCGACACCAACUGAGACCCAUCUCCAAGCCUUCUCAAUCCCCGGUGUGGAGACCCCCUCCAAACACGCUGUCCCUCCUGUCCUCCCUGCCCCGACACCACAGCUGCCCCCGGCCUUCUUCAGCUCAGCUGGCAGCCAGCUCAACUGCCUGGACUCCUUUGCUGCCAGCGGAAGCAUGGUUUCCACACUGGAUGCUCUUGAUGACGUUUCAACUUCACACAAUUUAGACCAACCGCAUUUAAUUUUAUAUGGGACAGCAGCUUCAAAUGCUGUACUGACUACGACACAAAACUCCCUGAAUGAUCUUGACUCAUUAGACGACCUACUGCCUUCAGAGACCACUACUGCAGAAGAGGCUUCUAUAUCAAAUAAUGAAAUACAAAAAUAUAUUAAGGAAGCUUUGGAUAUGCCUCAUAAGCAUGCUGCAACUGGUUUCAGUGGUGAAAAGGGGUUAAAUGCCCUUGAUUCCCUUGAUUCCCUUGAUGCUCUCGAUGCUCUCGACACGUUUUCCUCUACAGAGAAUAUGGCAGCAGAGGUGGGAGCUGGUUUGGACGCACUCUCAGAUUUCCAGUUAAAUGAUGAAUGUUCUCUCCGCCCUGCACCUCUGAAAACUUCAAUUAAAGAAAGAAAUAAGCAUUCACCAGCCAGAGGGCCAAAGCCCUUGACCUUGACCCACGAGUUUAUGCUGGCAUGCUCAACAUGUUACCCUCGAACAGGAAGGGGGAUUUAUACAUUUGUUCACAAGCCUGACCUUGUGCACAGCUGUGAGAAAGACAUUUUACUAUGCCGAGAAAAGGACAGUAUUUUACCCUGGACCAGAGUUCGGCCCAUGCCUGCGUGGACAUCUUUUACUGGGCCAUUUGUACUUUGCAAAGAAUUACUGAAAUCUGGAGAACUCGGUUUAUGUAAAUAUGGAGAGAACUGCACAUUCGCCUUUAACCAGACUGAGAUUGAUGUUUGGACCGAGGAGAGGAAGGGGAGGUUCAACCGUAACCUGCUGUCCCAAAAGCCAGCUAUGAAGCAAGAGCCUGUCAGUGGCAUCAUACAGAUUCUUCAGGAAAACAAGGGCAUGUUUAUCUUUCUAUGUGGGGCAUGCUUUGACUGUAAACCUACUAUAAUAAGUAAACGCAGCAGAGAUGAUGACACUGUCUGCUCUAACACAAGUGUUCGACAUCUGUUUGAUGCCAAUAAAUGCUUGGCAUUUAUGAUGAGGAACAUCACAGUGAGGUACAGAAAGGUCCGCCCUCUACACCUGAACUGCCAUUUGGAUUUAUGUCGCCAUUGUAUCAGAUAUGGGUGUCUAUUGGGUGAUGAGUGCAUGUUUGCUCACUCCGAUGUCGAACUCAAAACAUGGAAACUACAGAGAGAGACUGGAACCAAACCAGAGGAGAUAGUUAAAGUAUCCACUGAUUACUAUGAAAAACUAAACAAAAAUACAAGCAAUCAACAGAGCAACAAAUCUUUGGGUCCAGGAAAACCAAAAGGAGGAAGACCUAAGGACUCUCUCAACAUGAGGAUGAGGUUUGUCUGUGGUCACUGCUGGCGUGAUGGAGUCACAAGUGACCCAGACAAGUCACUCAAGUAUUGCUCAGCUAAAGCUAAACAUAUGUGGACUAAAGACAAGAGAAUAUUGCUGGUGAAAUCCUUGGAGAGAGAUAGAAGUAAAUGGGUUAUGGUUCGAACACUGCCACAUUGCAAGCAUUUCCCAUUGCAUUAUGAUAUAUGUCAUCGAAUAUUGGACAGAGGAAAAUGUAACGUGGGGAACUGCACAUUUGCCCACAGUCAAGAAGAGAAGGAUAUGUGGACUUAUAUGAAGAAUAAUAAAUUAGUGGAUAUGCAACAAGUAUAUGACAUGUGGCUAAAUUUAAGCACUUUGAACCACCAAAAUGAAGAACCUGUUGUAACCCAGCCUUCGUCUGAAGAGAAAUGCAUCGUGAUGCCAACAGACUGUGCUGAGCCAAUGGAUGGCUUUCACUGCAGACUUUGUGGUAGACAUAGCAACAGUGAAAAACAGUGGCAGAAGCAUAUCUCCAGUGAAAAGCACAAAGAUCGUGUGUUCAGUUGUGAUGAAGAAGAGAAAGCCCUGACAUGGAAUUACAGAUUCCCAGCAAAAUGCUUUAAUCUCUGCCCCAGGCUGGAUGAUAACUGUCCUGAUGGCAUGAGCUGCGACUAUGCCCAUAGUCCAGACGAGUUGCAGGAGUGGAUUGAGAGAAGAGAUUUCCUCCGACGUAAACUAGCCAGAGCCAGGGAGGAUAUGCUCAUAAUGCCUGAUGAGUCUGACUUUGGAAAGUAUAACUUUCUUCUGCACGAUUGAUAUUACUGGCUACUUUCUUGGAUGUAAUCAUCUAUACCAAAUACUGACACCUUACAAUUGUGCUAAGGCCUGCGACACUCACAGGAUGCAGUGGAUUUUGUAUUUCCCUAAAAUCAACACACAUAUAUCUUUGAGAUACACUUAAUCAUAUUUUUGUUGGCACAAAGUCAUAAAUGCACAAAACAUUUAUAAUGGCUUCAUAUACUCAGUUAUAUCAGCUUUGUUACACACUUAACAAAUUCAGAGGCAGCAGUUCUACAGGUUGUGGUAUUGACAGACAUUAUUCAUAAGAAUCACUAAUGCCUUUCCCAGUUUUGUAUUCCAUGUUUUUAAAGGCUUCAGUUUUUGCAUAAAAAUGACCUCAUAACGAUUUUGAGUUUAAUGUUCCCAAACCAAUAAAAACAAUGUCAUUAA